AUGAAUGAGGCACAUAUUGCUUAUGGGUUAACUCGUGCCAGAAUGUUAUUUGCAGAAGACCCAAAAUACACAAAAGGUUUUAAAUUUGACCAUGUUUGGAAUAUUCUCAAAGACAUUGAAAAAUUUGGCACUGAUACCAUGAAUACUGCAUGCAUGAAAUCACGACAACAAAAUGCUAAUGAUGGUUCAUCUGAACAACAAUUAUCCGAGGAAGUAUUUCAUACACCUUCAUCUCCUUACGUGUCUGCUUUUGAUCUUAAUAUCACUGAUUCAGAUAGCGGUGCUACUUCUAAUAAACGACCUCCAGGGGUGAAAAAAGUAAAAAUGAAGAAAAAGAAUGAUGAACAAAUUGCAAAGGUAAUUAAUAUUAAUGCUCAACUUGUUGAGGCAAUGAAUGCAAGUAGUGCUGCUAUUACAAAAACGACAGAUACUAUGUUUUACAAGGAAGAAACUAAAAUUUUAUUUAAAGAUUUGAACUCGAUCUAA